AUGAACGUCGGAGGGGGAAUUGGUGGCGCAGCUGGUGGUGGAAUUGGGUCAUUUCUUGGGUCAGCUUUAACUGGAGGUAGCUCUGCCGGUGCUGCGGCGGGUGGGGCGAUUGGGGGUGGUAUUGGAGGGGGUGUUGGUGGAUUUGCCACGGGAGGGCCGGUGGGGGCAUUUACAGGCGCCAUAGGCGCAGCUGCAGGGGCAUCGGCUGGAGGUGCGUUUGGAAACUCAACAGCACAACAAGUCGGAUAUGAAGGGUGGCAAAGGGCGGGAGGGGCCGGGAUAGGAGGUGCGAUACCACCUAUCGGAGGAGCAUGUGGAGGAGACCCGCAUUCUCUGCUUGGCGUUGGUGGGGGAUCUUCUGUAGUUUUGGGGGGAUUAAUGGGUCAUGGUUGUUUCAAUGCGAAAGGAAAGCAAGCUUAG